AACUAGUCAACUGACCAAAGCUGAGCUGACCAACCAGCCAAAGGCAGCUCUAACUCUCCUCUCAACAACUCACUAACCUUUCUUCCAUUAAUGGGAGCUAAAUCGAUCAAAAAACGAUCCAAUACAAUUAGGUCAAUCCCCAAAUCACAGAGUCCCAUGCCAUCUCCUUCCAAAUUCACUCUCAAAAAAUUUCCACUGUUCGUUUUAUUCUUCAUGGCUCUCAGUAUCAUCGCUCUCUUAGGCAUUUCUCCAAUUAUGUUGGCCAGUUUAGGGUUUGCUAAUCAAUCACCUAAUAUUUAUACUAUUCAAGUUGUCAAUGAGUUCCCUCACGAUCCAACUGCAUUUACUCAGGGUCUUCUUUAUGCAGGCAAUGAUACAUUGUUUGAGUCCACUGGUCUUUAUGGUGAGUCAUCUGUUCGGCAAAUUGAUCUUCGGUCAGGGAAGGUUGAGGUUAUUCAGAACAUGGAUGCAUCUUAUUUUGGGGAAGGCCUUACACUUCUUGGAGAAAGGCUGUUCCAAGUAACUUGGUUGACGAAAACUGGUUUCAUUUAUGACCGAAAUAAUUUAAGAGAAAUAAAAAAAUUUACUCAUGAGAUGAGUGACGGCUGGGGACUGGCAACUGAUGGAAAAGUUCUGUUUGGCAGUGACGGGACUUCAGCAUUAUAUCAGCUUGAUCCUCAAACAUUGAAAACCAGUAAAAUAAACAUUGUGAAAUAUGGUGAUCAGGAUGUGCGCUACCUCAAUGAACUAGAGUUUGUAAAUGGUGAAAUUUGGGCAAAUGUUUGGGGGACUGAUUGCAUUGCAAAGAUAUCAGGAAAGGAUGGCAGUGUGAUUGGAUGGAUUCUUCUCGAAAAUUUAAGGAAAGGGUUAAUUGCAGCUGGAUACAGGGGCGUUGAUGUUUUAAAUGGUAUUGCAUGGGAUAGCAAUGACAACCGUCUUUUCGUUACUGGAAAACUAUGGCCAAAGCUUUAUGAAAUCAAAUUGCAACCCGUAAACAAACACAUGGACAGUAGAAAGAUUAAACAGCUUUGCAUACCAUAGUUAUAGUCAGCUAUACCAUGAAGGUGUUAACAUGCGCAGUGUAAAACUUCACGUCUCGUGGCUUUAGAAUGUGAGAGAUCAUUUUUAGUACAAUGUAUUGAAAACUACAACUCAAUUAGAUUUUAUGUUCUUUAGUAAUUUUUGUUAUUACUCAUGAUGCUUAAAGAUAAAUUAUACUGAUAUGUCGUUAUCGAA